GCGCGCGCGCGAGUGCAUGUAAAGUGAUCGUGGCAGCAGAGCAGAGAUGUGGCAGCGGAGCUCUCCGGGACUCCAUGGCCAGUCGUCUUGUCACUUUUACCUGUAAUCAUCUGCCUGACGUUACCGCGCAAUGACGGAGCUUUAAUGUCCAGUUGGUCCCGCUGCUUGACCGCACCGCGCAAUGCUACCAGGAACAGCCGCCGCUCGGACGAUAUCUGUCGGAUUCGGGACUGGUUUGCGGGAGUAGCUUGUGCUGCUAGCGCAGGGCUAACGCCUGUGCGAAGAAGAUGCUGCGGUGGAUACGCCAGCAGCUGGGCUUCGACCCACCUCAUCAAAGUGACACCAGGACAGUUUAUGUAGCAAACCGUUUCCCCCAGCAUGGCCAUUACAUCCCACAACGCUUUGCAGACAACAGAAUCAUUUCAUCCAAGUACACAGUUUGGAAUUUUGUCCCCAAGAAUCUGUUUGAGCAGUUUAGGAGAAUAGCAAACUUCUAUUUCCUCAUCAUCUUCCUUGUACAGUUAAUGAUAGACACCCCAACUUCCCCGGUCACCAGUGGACUCCCGCUCUUCUUUGUGAUCACAGUUACUGCAAUAAAACAGGGAUAUGAGGACUGGCUGAGACACAAGGCAGAUAAUGAGGUGAAUGGGGCUCCAGUCUUUGUGGUUCGGAGUGGAUGUCUGGUUCAGACGAGAUCCAAAAAUAUCAGGGUGGGGGACAUUGUUCGUGUAGCUAAAGAUGAGACCUUUCCAGCUGAUCUGGCGUUGUUGUCAUCAGAUCGUGUCGAUGGUACUUGCCACAUCACCACAGCCAGCCUCGAUGGCGAGACCAACCUUAAGACGCAUUUCUCUGUACCAGAGACAUCCGUGUGUCAGUCGGUGUCCCAACUGGAGGCUCUACAGGCUGUAGUAGAGUGCCAUCAGCCAGAAGCUGACCUGUACAGAUUUGUUGGACGCAUCACUGUGACUCAGCACGGCGAAGAGAUAGUCAGGCCUCUGGGGCCAGAGAACUUGCUGCUGCGAGGCGCCAGGCUGAAAAAUACCAAAGAGAUUUUUGGUGUGGCCGUUUACACCGGAAUGGAAUCCAAGAUGGCGCUCAACUACAAGUGCAAGUCCCAGAAGCGCUCCGCAGUAGAGAAGUCCAUGAACACCUUCCUCCUCAUCUACCUGGGGAUCUUGUUGUCCGAGGCUGUGCUCAGCACUAUUCUGAAGUACGCCUGGCAGGCUGAAGACAAAUGGGAUGAACCUUUCUACAACCAAAAGACCGAGCAAGAGAAAAACAGCAGUUCGAUCCUGAAGUUCAUCUCAGACUUCUUGGCGUUUCUGGUCCUCUAUAACUUUAUCAUUCCCAUCUCUCUCUACGUUACCGUGGAGAUGCAGAAGUUUCUGGGCUCGUUUUUUAUUGGCUGGGACUUGGACUUGUACCACGAAGAAAGUGACCAGAAAGCUCAGGUCAACACAUCUGAUCUGAAUGAAGAGUUGGGGCAGGUAGAGUACGUGUUUACUGACAAGACCGGUACGCUAACAGAAAAUGAAAUGCGGUUCCAAGAGUGCUCAAUAAAUGGAGUCAAGUACCGGGAAGUUAACGGCAAAUUGGUACCAGAGGGACUGACAGAAGAUUCACCAGAUGGUUCUACAGCUCACCUGAUGGGUGAGGAAGUACUAUUUCUCCAGGCGGUGUCGUUGUGCCACACUGUUCAGAUCAGCUAUGAUCAGGCUGACUGUUUGGUUGGAGGGGAUCCCUUCUCCCAUGCCAAUGGUUUCUCCUCUAGUUCCAUGGAGUACUAUGCCUCUUCACCAGACGAGAAGGCUUUAGUAGAGGCAGCAAAGAGGAUUGGAGUAGCUUUCACAGGCAGAAAUGGAGAGACCAUGGAAAUCAAAACAUUUGGCAAAUGUGAAAAGUAUAAACUACUCCAUGUGCUGGAGUUUGAUCCAAAUCGCAGGAGAAUGAGCGUCAUCCUGCAAACUCCCUCAGGAGGAAAACUGCUGUUCACCAAGGGCGCUGAGUCGGCCAUCUUGCCUUUCAGCAGUAGUGGUGAGAUUGAGAAAACGAGACUUCAUGUGGAUGAGUUUGCUUUGAAAGGUAUGCGGACCCUCGUGGUUGCAUGUCGCCACUUCUCUCCAGAGGAGUACAUCGAUGUGGACAAGCGCCUGACCGCCGCGCGCACUGCUCUGCAGCAGAGAGAGGAGCGUCUGCAGGAAGCUUUCAGCCACAUCGAGAGAGAUCUGCAGCUCCUGGGAGCAACCGCCGUGGAGGACAAACUUCAAGACAAAGUUCAGGAGACCAUUGAGGCUCUGCGACUGGCGGGAAUCAAAGUGUGGGUGUUGACAGGGGACAAACACGAGACAGCGGUUAGUGUCAGCUUGUCCUGUGGCCACUUUCACAGGACCAUGAACAUCUUGGAGCUCCUCCAGCAACGCUCUGAUAACGAGUGUGCUGAGCAGCUUCGCAGACUGGCCAGAAGGAUAAAGGACGACCAUGUGAUUCAACAUGGGUUGGUUGUCGACGGGGCCAGUCUGUCUUUGGCAUUGAGGGAGCACGAGAAGCUCUUCAUGGAAGUGUGUAAAAACUGCUCAGCUGUGCUGUGCUGCCGCAUGGCCCCACUGCAGAAAGCCAAGGUGGUGCGACUUUUGAAGACCUCUCCAGAGAAGCCAAUCACCUUGGCCGUUGGGGAUGGAGCAAAUGAUGUCAGCAUGAUACAAGAAGCCCAUGUGGGCAUAGGUAUCAUGGGGAAGGAGGGUCGUCAGGCCGUGAGAAACAGUGACUAUGCAAUAGCUAGGUUUAAGUUCCUGGCUAAACUCCUGCUGGUCCACGGUCACUUCUACUACAUUCGAAUAGCUACGCUUGUACAGUACUUUUUCUACAAGAAUGUGUGUUUUAUCACGCCACAGUUUUUAUACCAGUUCUUCUGUUUGUUUUCGCAACAAACUCUGUAUGACAGUGUUUACCUGACGUUGUACAACAUCUGCUUCACCUCGCUGCCCAUCCUGGUGUACAGUCUGUUUGAACAGCUGGUGCACCCACAUGUACUCCAGAGUAAACCUGGUCUGUACAGAGACAUCAGCAGGAAUUCUCUGCUGUCUUUCCGGACCUUCUUGUACUGGACUCUGUUGGGCUUCUGUCACGCCUUUGUUUUCUUCUUUGGGUCCUACAUACUGAUGGGAGAAGACACAACGCUGAUGGGGAAUGGACAGAUCUUGCGAGCUAACAGGCAGCUGAUGUUUGGGAACUGGACGUUUGGAACGCUCGUCUUUACCGUUAUGGUAGUCACGGUCACGUUGAAGCUCGCAUUAGAGACUCACUUUUGGACCUGGAUGAACCAUUUUGUGACGUGGGGCUCAAUUGCGUUCUAUUUCAUCUUCUCUCUCUUCUAUGGAGGAAUCAUCUGGCCGUUCCUGCACACUCAGGACAUGUACUUCGUCUUUGUUCAGCUGCUGUCCAGCGGUUCAGCCUGGUUCGCCAUCAUUAUCAUGGUCAUCACUUGCCUCUUUCCUGAUGUGGUGAAGAAGGUCAUAUACAGACACAUGCUACCUACCAGCACGCAGAAGAGUCAGUCUCUACCAGCCCCCCAGACGCAGGCCCUCAGCUGUAUGGAGUCCCUGUGCUGCUACCAACACGGGCAAAGCGGCUGUUCCCGCCUGGCGGGCCUCCUGGAGCAAAUGAGCGGACGGUGCACGGCCAGCGUCAACAAUUGCCACGCAUCCAGCCGCAACAACAGGUCUUGGAGCGACACAGAGACCUUCUACUCCAAUGAUCGCAGCAUCCUGACGCUGUCGCCCAUCGAGUCCACCCACUGCUGACUCCCCGGGCUGCAGAUGUAAACACACACACACACACACACCUGCCCGGCGGCGCACGACCACUCUGUCAGGAACUGCAGUCCCACCUCAGCUACUUCACUUUAAACUCUGUGCAUUCUCCACUGGAUGCAGCCAUGAUGGAAGUUAAGGAGCUUAAGGACUCGGACCAGUGCUGCAUCCGUCUUUAUCCGUCCCCUCUCUUCUGUGACGAGUCCAGCUUUCUUUAAAAGGGCCAAGAAGAUGAGAAGAAGUUGAUCGGGGAGGUGCAACGUGGAAGUAACCAACAGGAAUCAGCCUGGCUGGCUCUGGAGCCAUCCUAUAAACGUUUAACAUUUAAAUAAAGAGCUAUUUAUUUAUCUGAGGUCAGCUGCCAAACUUUUGUAUUUGAUUUUGUUUGCAUUGGGCAGAAGGAAGAGCUAAGUACAUUUGUUCAGAUGUUAGCUAGCGCUACUCUGUUGGAGCGUAGGACCGUACGGUUAAACUAGAAGGAAUGAAGAGAAAAAGAAGAUUUUUGUAGCACUUGAAGCCAGCGGCUGUCUCCGAGCCGUCCGCUCCCACAGCCCUGUAGCGUCCUUGGCCGGGCUCCCUCCGAGCUGCGUUUGGAGCUUCCUCUACAGCGCUACCAAAAACCAAAGCGUGCAUUUUUGUGCCUGGUUGCACAGAAGCUUAUAACAUUAAGAAGACUUUGUGUUCGUCUCCCUGUCCAGACCCCUGCCUCCCUGGGCUCUGAAAGGCCAGAUCUUCUAAAAGCCAUACGUUUGAAGGGUUUAUGUGAUGAAUUAUAAUAAAUGGUGACGGUUUUUCGUUUUCCCCGUCAGCCUGAUGACCUAAAGCCUCUCGGCGUCACAGACCAGGCAUCCACGCACAAACAUCUACCGGAUGUGUCUCGUUGGGACGUCUCAGCGGUUCUGAUGCUGUCCCUUAAGGCAGUGGUUCCCAAUCUUUGUUCCUUGAGGUCCCCUUUUCCAUGUGUCCAGUAAAGGCCAGGACCCCCAACCACAACUCCUACUCGCAUACGUACAGAAAACAAAGUUGUAACUUAUACAGAGCUUCAAUCACGCUAUUGGGUGUGUGGGAUUUUAUAAAUGUAGUUUUUACAAAUCUUGGUAACCUCACAAAUUCAGCAUAGACUAAAUUGUGGGGGCCCCCUUGGGGGUCACGGACCCCAGGUUGGGAACCACUGCCUUAAGGUUCCGUUUGGUUUCAGUUGAACAGAAGCGGCUGUGAUGAUGAGAAGCUGUUACAAACGUCGGCUGGUGUCCGUCGACCCAGACAGAAGAAUGUUUCGUGGUCAGAAGAUGAAGCUAAUUCACUUUCAGCAGCAGAGCGUUUGCACACGUCAUGUCCUCUCUGUCAUCAUCAUCAUCAUCAUCAUCUGUCAUCAGACAUUUAAGUUCUUUUUGCUGUUACAUUGUGUGUGUGUGUGUGUGUGUGUGUGUGUGUGUGUGUGUGUGUGUGUGUGUGUGUGUGUGUGUGUGUGUGUGUGUGUGCGCGUACGGCAGGCAUGUUGGUUGGAGUAACCGUGUUCUCAUGCAGCCUACAGAUCUCAGGUCAGCUCCACCUUUUAGAAGAAUCCCGCAGUGAAACGUCGAUUUAAGACAUCGUUUUAAACUCGAGUACAGGCGGAAGGAUGUGACGUCUGAGGUUUUCUCAGCAGCUCCAGAUUUUUGUUUAGUCUCUGUUCUGUUAACGUUGUUCCUCCGUCAAACAAAUGCAACUAACCGAGGGAGUGUGUGUGUUUGUUAUGGCUGUACUUUGCUGUGUGUUCAGAUUCUCUUGAAUAUAAAUCUAUCCAUCCACACGUCGUCACCAGAUGUCUGAAAGCAUUUAUUCAGAAGUGUUUACCGAGCUGCCUCGAUGCGGCGGAGUGUUUCUGGAUCUGAGAAACAAAAACCACAACAUUUGGUAAAAGUCUAAAGGAUUUCCUUGUCGAAUUAAGUUUGAAUUAAAAAGUGAAGUUCCACUCUAGGGUCCUGGUUCUGUGGAGAAUAUGUUGCUAACAGCUCCAGCUGUGAGUGAGCUGCAUCAUGGGAAAUGUAGGAGCACUGCUUCCAUCCAUCAUCGCCUUCUUGGUGUUGAGUAAAGCUGCAUUGAAGCAGAAAAGGAAUAAGUCUAAUGGGAUCAUUUGAGCUGUACAGCACAUUUUUCUGAGUCUGGUGAGUUAAUCUGACACAGUUCACAGAAUUAUGUUGGUCAAAAAAACCAUCAACAGAAGGAUCAAACUGAUCCUGAUUAGCUAUCCGUCAAUAAGAGGGCUGCAAGAGUGGGCUCAGCUCUUUUACUUCUCAGAGACUCUGGUAGCUUCAUGAAUAAACUCCAGAAAUAUGAAGUUAAAUCAGCUCCUCAACCUGGUCUCCAUUAAACACACAUAGUAGGACCUGAAGACACAGCCUGUAAUUCUCCUGGGGUUGAGGUCAUUAGCAUGUUUUUAAGUUAGUCCACUUCCUCGAGUCAUGCAAAAGCCAAACCAGCUGAAAUAGUUUCUGCAACAAGCUGGUGAAGGUUCUCCUUCAUCCAGGUCGUGGUCAUCCAGAAGGGUUCAGAUGAACCAGCAGCUGCACUUCUUUGGUUUCUUGAAGACUGUUUAGCUUCUCAUCCAAGGAGAUUUGUCAUUUCUGACUGGAAUAUGGGACAUUAGCUGCUCAUUGUUGCUUAAUGAGCUGAAACUACUUAUGAAUACCCCCCUCUCUAUCCUCUGGAACCAGAGUUCCCCCCUUAAGGGGGCCCAGAACACACAUUUUAUUUCUAAUCUGAGUUUUCCAGGCGGUCGGUGUGUCUGCUGAGGUUCUGCGUAACAAUCGGAGCUGAGGCGGAGCAGAUCUGAUGCCUCCUCGUGGUUUACUCCGUAGACAAACUGCACUAAAAGGUGCUAAAAACCAACUCUUUGGCUCAUUUUGGUUCCACAAGUAUAACGACAUCAGUGGCUAAACCAAAUUCAGGAUGAACAUGACAGCCCUGUGAAGUGGUUUUAUGUCCGUUUCCCUAAAGCGUCACCCGAGACCCGUCGGCAGCUGCAGCCGAGGGGAUUUCAUUUCUAAUUCACUUGGAAGCAGCAGAUUAUUCAGCCGCCUAACUCAGAUUGUGAUUUAAUAUUUCAUCUUGCCCCCCCCCCCCCCCCCAACCCUUCAUUAUUGUGUCCCUCAGAAGCACCGUCCUAAUUUAAUUGGAUGCCUUAUUAAGAGACAUCACAGCCCCUCUUGUCUGUCUGCGUGUUCCUGCUGUUGAAGACGCCGUCUGCUGGUCAAAGGUCACGUGUCCCUCCUCAGGGCUCCAACUGGUCCUGAUGCUGCCCUUCAUUAGUACAAAUACCAACCGCUGACCUCUCCUGCUGUCUGACGCUUGAUUUAUUUAUUACAAAGAUCAAACGAAGGUUUCCUUGAAGGAUUUGAAACUAAAAUGUCAGCUCUUUCGAUUUUGUGCAGCGCGAUGUCCUGUGGCGUCUCACCAUGAGACACGAGACAUCCUCCAACCAUCACUCUUCUGUUGACUGAUGUCUGAUACCGUGUCUGUCCUCUUCCUGUCUGCAGAUCUGUCUUAUAAAGGUUCUAUUUAUGAAAUAAAUUCAUUUUUACCAGA